AUGGCGACUGGAGGGCGAGAGAGUGCUGAGGGAGAAACAGGCGAGGGGAAGAGAGGGCAAGGGGCAGGUGACGGCGACGGUAGGGGAGGACCGGAGAGAGACAAGGGACCCAUCCCUGUCACGACGUUUGUUUUUGGUAGUGGCGGAGGAAGCGUCGAGAAGGGAAGAACUCCAGGGGAAGGGACUGCCGCUAGCAACCGGCGAACUGGGUCAUGGUCAUAUAAAGAGAAACUCCUCUCUCUAGGGUGUGGAGGGUUCCUAAAUGCAGAAAAGGACCCUGAGAAGGAGAACUCAGAGGAGGACGAGAGCGACGUGAAUAUUGCAAACGGAAAAUAUCCAGUAUUAAGUGUGACGGCGGAACAAUACAGUGCAUGGUGUCAACCAUGGAUGAACUCAUUGAUAAUAAAGCUACUGGGGGCGCAUGUUCCAAAACACAUCCUCAUAGACAGGGUGCGGCGAAUGUGGAAACCACAACAACCUCUGAAGGUUACCCCCCUGAGUAAUGAGUAUUACAUAGUAUCUUUCACAAGCAAAGAGGAUAGAGAUUAUGCUUUUCAAGAAGGACCUUGGAUGAUUGAUGACCAUUAUCUCUUAGUUCAAAAAUGGCGACCGAAUUUCAACCCGUGGAAGGCAGACACCCAACAACGCAUUGCUGCCUGGAUUCACAUCCCAGACUUACCAAUGGAAUUCUACAAUAUGGAGUCGUUACGUAUGAUCGGUAAUAUGGUAGGAAAGACAAUUAAAGUAGAUAGAUCCACGUCUAUAUAUGACAAGGGGAGCUUCGCACGGAUAUGCGUUGAGAUUGACCUUCAAAAGCUGCUAUUACCAGCAUUUACAGUAUGGGGCGAAGAUCGACAGAUAGUUUAUGAAGGGCUUCACCAAGUGUGCUUCUGUUGUGGUAAGUACGGCCAUCAACAGCAAGCAUGCCCCAGUAAUUUACAGGAUAAAAUCGGAGAUGUUGCAACUAGAGGGACGGUGCCCAGGCCGGAUAUAACAAAGGAAUCUGCUGAGACAUGUGACGUGAAGGAGCAAGAACUGAUCAAUGAGGGCGGCCAAAUCCAGAUUCCGAUGAAGGAAGGCUCGCCGACGCCAAGCAACGGAUGCUUGGGGCCGCAAAUGUUAGUUAAGCGGGACUUUCGGAGAGGAGUUAAUCUGAUAGAGAAAAAAGUGGGAUCGGAUUUGGGAAAUCUAACUAGAAAUCAGUCGCGAAUCAAGAAACAAGAUAUGGUGAAGAGCGUAGCGAAUCAGAUGGGAUCUCAAAAGGAUACUGCUGAAAGAACGGGAUCAAGGAAAUCACUAAGGCACAAUUUUGGGAAGGAUAUCGGCAACUCUACUGCCACGUGGAUUAGAGUAGGCUCAAAAAGAAAGAAUGAUGCGAAGUGCAAACGUGGCAAGGAAAAUAAAAAUUCUGACACGGUUUGCGUGAGCCAAGACCCAUCUAUUAGCACCAAUCCUUUUUCUAUUCUUCAACAUGUCCCUUUGAUGGGUCAAAUGGAUAUGGGCCCAAUAUACGUAGGUGGUUCUCAAGGCACAACAUGCAUGGAUAUCAUGCAUAAUAAUGGGACGUCGCAUGAAGACACGCUAGCUACCCCUUCGGAUGACCCCUUGGUUGCGGAGCCGACCUACUCCUCUCUUUUGGAUAUUGUCCAGGCGCGGGACGUUAAUGACGUGCCAAAUUUUGAAAAUGUGUCUUUAUGA